AUGAAGAAAAGAAGGUAUUUGAACCACGGAGAGGUCAAAGGUCAGACGAACCCGGAACAUCAACAAAGCCAAAGAGGUUCCGUCAAGAUGUUCUCCGGUUGGCUGGUUGCGGCUCUCGGUUUGACCAUGGCCCGCCGGGCCUGCUCCUCUCGGUCGGUACCGGACAUUGCCGCAUACUUCGGCACCAAAACCCGGUACGAGGAGGUGAACCCGCACCUUCUGCGGGACGUUUUAACCGUGAACGCGUCCGUGCUGAGACCCCCGGACACCGAGCGCUGCGUCCCGGUACACCUCACCGCCGUCAUCCGCCACGGCAGCCGGUACCCGACCGUCAAGAACAUCCGCAGGAUGCAGAGACUCAGCGAGCUGGUCCGGAGAGAAGCGAGCGGGAGCGCUGCGGGUUCUGGAGGCUCCGCGGACUGGCUCCAGGACGUCCAGAGCCGCUGGGAGAUGUGGUACACCGAGGACAUGGACGGUGAGCACCGGGGGCUGCCGAGGAUGACUGACUCCUCAGGCCAGCUGGUGAUGAAGGGCAGAGAGGACCUCCGUCAGCUGGCGGUGCGUCUCUCCCUCUUGUUCCCGUCCCUCCUGACGGAGGAGAACGUGAUGAGGAUCCGUCUGAGGAGCAGCUCCAAGCACCGCUGUGUGAGCAGCGUGGAGGCCUUUCAGGAGGGUCUGCAGCACCACUGGGGAGACACCGACGUGCACUACCGCCACCUGGUGGACGACAAGCUGAUGCGUUUCUUCGAGCAUUGCCGUGGUUACGUGGAGGCGGUGGAGAAGAACCGCACAGCGCUGCUGGAGGUGCAGAAGUUCAAACACGGGCCGGAGAUGGAGGUCGUGAGGAGGAAGGUCGCUGAGAAGCUUGGCCUCCGUCAGCACCAGCUCACAGCGGAUCUGGUGGAAGCCGCGUUCUUCUUGUGUUCCUACGAGCUCUCCAUCAAAUCUCUCCACUCAUCGUGGUGUUUCCUGUUUGACAAAGACGAUGCGAAGGUGUUGGAGUACAAAUCUGACCUGAAGCAGUACUGGAAGCGUUUCCAUGGUUACACGAUCAGUGGCCUGUCCAGCUGCCCUCUCUUCCAUCACAUCUUCAGGACUCUGGACAAAGCAGGACGACCUCGCCGGUCCACCGACGCUCCUCCCGAGCCAGCCUCCAUCCUGAUUGGUCAUGCCGAGACGCUCCUCCCCCUCCUCUCCUUGCUGGGACUCUACAUGGACCAGACUCCACCCACCGCCGACAACUACCACGCGCAGCACGGCAGGAGCUUCCGGUCCGGCCUCAUCGUCCCGUACGCCGCCAACCUGCUCUUUGUCCUGUACGACUGCCAGCGUGGCCCGCGGCUGCAGCUGCUGGUCAACGAGUCGCCGGUUCGAUUCCCGGGGCUGGAGACGGAGGAUGCGCCGCUGUACCGGGACGUCCGGGCGGCGUACCGCCACCUUCUGGACGGCUGUGACUCCCAGCGGGAGUGCGAGGGGACGGGGGCCGGCAGCCGUGGCCCCAACAUUGAACUCUGAGGCGGUAGAAACUAAAGGCCUUAAUCAACACUAAAGAGUUUGGCGCCUCUUGCUGGUCAGUUGGAGGAACUGAAGAGAAGCGUUUCAGUAUCACGUUGAAUACAAGCUUCUUUCUACAGCGAACAUCGUAUGUUCAGAUUCCAAAGGGAUCAAACUUUUAAAUUCAUGUGAAAUCAGGUUUAAAGAUUAAAUUAAAAAGUCCUUUUAAUUAGAAAAACAUUAUUCUAAAAUUAGAUUUUAUUUUAUUGGUUAAUCAUUACAUUUUUGAAUUGUUAAAGGACACCAGUCCUUUAACAUGUUUUGUUAAAGUCAAACAUGUUUUAAUUUGGUGAACUGACUCACUUUUAUGGAAAUGAUUUUUCAGGGUUAUUUGGUUUUCUAUCUUUAUUUAUUUGAGUGAUCAUGUGAUUGUUUCAUUCAAAGCUGCACUUUCUGCAGAUGCUGCUGAGGUGUUUUUUCACAAUAAGAGUCCUGUGAAGGAGAGCAUUAAGCAGCUCUGGUUCUGAUUCUGGAUCAGUUUAAAGAUUAAAAUAAGGCUUUGGUUUUCACUCCUUUCUCUCGACUUGUG